AUGACACUGAGGCCAUUAUGCCCAGUGUCGCACUGCCCCAUUGAGGAAGCAGCGAUUGGGAAGGACUGUCAUCAUAUCCAGGUCUUCGACCUUCACUCGUAUAUAGCUGUGAAUCAGAGGAUGAGAUCACUCGACAAGCGUUGGACAUGUCCAGUAUGUGGUUCGCCUUUGAGACCGGAUGAUGUGGUGCUACACCCUUUUGCUCAGGGUAUCCUUGACACGUUGCGUGGAGAUGAAGACACUGUGGAAGCGAUCGUCUUCAACGAGGACUGCUCGUGGUCGACGAUCUCAGCGGUCAAGGAUGAGAAGGGCCGAGGUGCUGAGGGUGAGACCGAGGAGGGUGGCGCCCGGGCCGAGAUGAUCGACCUGUCGGAUUCAGAGUGA